AUGAGCGAGCUGCGGCAGCGGCUCGGCCGGGAGCCCGGCGGGGCGCGGGAGCCCGAGGAGAAGGAGUCCGAGUCUGAGAACAAGCUGGAUGGAGAGACAGCAUCAGACAGCGAAAGCAAAUCCGAAUUUGGAGGAUCGCCCCCGGUGCCGACAUCUGAUGACACUCCAGAGGUCCUGAACAGAGCUCUCUCCAACCUGUCCUCAAGAUGGAAGAAUUGGUGGGUAAGAGGCAUCCUCACGCUGGCAAUGAUCACCUUCUUCUUCAUCAUCAUCUACUUGGGACCCAUGGUCUUAAUGACAAUAGUGAUGUGUGUCCAGAUCAAAUGUUUCCACGAGAUUAUCACUAUUGGCUAUAACGUGUACCACUCAUAUGACCUGCCCUGGUUCAGGACGCUCAGCUGGUACUUCCUGCUCUGCGUAAACUACUUUUUCUACGGCGAGACUGUGACGGAUUAUUUCUUCACCCUGGUUCAGAGAGAGGAGCCCCUGAGAAUUCUCAGCAAAUACCACCGCUUCAUUUCUUUCGCCCUAUACUUAACAGGUUUCUGCAUGUUUGUCUUGAGUCUCGUGAAGAAACACUAUCGCCUCCAAUUCUACAUGUUUGGAUGGACCCAUGUGACGUUGCUAAUUGUUGUUACCCAGUCGCACCUCAUCAUUCACAACCUGUUUGAAGGAAUGAUAUGGUUCAUUGUCCCAAUUUCCUGUGUGAUCUGCAAUGACAUCAUGGCGUACAUGUUCGGGUUCUUCUUCGGCCGCACACCGCUCAUCAAGCUCUCCCCAAAGAAGACCUGGGAGGGUUUUAUUGGAGGAUUUUUUGCCACCGUUUUGUUUGGAUUGCUGCUGUCCUACGUGAUGUCUGGGUACCGGUGCUUCACCUGUCCGGUAGAGUUCAACAACGACACCAACAGCUUCACAGUGGACUGUGAGCCGUCCGAGCUGUUCCAGCUACAGGAGUACAACAUCCCCUUGGUGCUGCAGUCCGUGGUGGGCUGGAAGACGGUCCGGAUGUACCCCUUCCAAAUCCACAGCAUCGCACUGUCUACUUUCGCCUCCCUCAUUGGGCCGUUCGGAGGCUUCUUUGCUAGUGGAUUUAAGAGGGCCUUCAAAAUCAAGGACUUUGCCAACACAAUCCCAGGGCACGGAGGUAUCAUGGACCGCUUUGACUGUCAGUACCUGAUGGCUACCUUUGUUAACGUGUACAUCGCAAGCUUUAUCAGAGGUCCUAACCCGAGCAAACUGAUCCAGCAGUUCUUAACCUUGCGGCCAGACCAGCAGCUCCACAUCUUCAACACGUUAAAAGCACACCUUGUUGACAAGGGACUCCUUCUGUGUGGCAAGCUCUGCUUCAUCUCCCUAAACAGGAACCGCCGGGCAGAAGUCCGUGCCCGUUGUACUGCAGAUACAGGUAUUUGCUCGAAAGCGCAGAUUGCAGAGAAGGGUCUGUUUCCACAAAGUAUUUUCAGCAUGGUGCUGGCAAAGUUGCUGGUUUCUGGCAGGAGGCAGGACUGCUACGACGGAGCCAGUUCAGGAUUGCAUUUGGAUAAUGCCAGUGGUGUACGCAGCGGCUUUUCUGGACUAGUUGUGGAGACUGUUCCCUUCCAGCUUGAAUUAGGCAGGGAUUUAUUUUCUGUUGACUUAGAGGAUAUUGCUCCAAGCCCCUAAUUUGAAAAUUGGAGGGGGGGAUUAAGGUGCUUCCAUCUUGCUUUGCCCAGGGAGAAUAUUUGGUCUGCGUUUCAUGACAAUUUGGCUGAGUUUAGCUAGGCAAAGGGAGGGCACCUGCACGGAGUACCCGGGCUGGCAGUAGGUGUAGAAGCGACAGGGUUUUGUGUAGCCCCUGAAAAGUAGUUUGCCCUGUGGAAUCAGACAAGCUGGUGCUUUUCCGGAUUCUCCCUGCCUAUUGCCAACAUCUGCCAAAAUCCCCUGUAGUGCACUGUUGGGCCGUCAGAAGAAGCUAUAGUGUUGAUAAAUAUUACAGAAGUGUACUGCUCUUUACAUUCAGAAUUUUUUCAUAUGGGUCUUCAGUCUCCUGCUCAUCUUGCUUUAAACCUUUUGUACCUCUUCAGUUGUAAUUAGUGGGGCAAAAAUCGAACGCAAAGCUUUUCUGCAUGCUUUUGAUUUGAGGUAGCAUUUGGGCCUUUCUGAAGGGUGCAGUGCUGGACGUGGACACUGGAGGGCAAAGCAGUUGCAUUUAGUGGCUUCCUGGGGCUGGGAGAGAAGCGAUAAUGCGUGUGGGUGGCUUUCCUGAUGAGCUCGCAGCUUUAUUCGUGCUUCUUUCCCAGCGGUGUGGUUAAAGCGUGGACUUCCAAGCCUGUUUUGGUCCUGAAGUGUAAAGCUACGUGGAAAGAAUUUAGCAUCCUGCACUGGAGUUUAGUAAAUGGAAUGGGGACAGUGCAUCCGUUUGAGAAAUGGAGGAGGAAGGGAGGGAGGUGGGGGUUGUUAAGAUUAUUUGCAAGCUGUGCCGCUGAUCUUGCUGAGAAAUCCUGGUGAGCACCGUAGCAUGUCCUCUGUCGGGCUGAGAGCUGUGGCUGGCAAACCCACUUCUACGCCGCUGGUAUGAAUAUAUGUGCUAGUACUACUCAGCUCUUAGCAACAGCGGGCUGUCUGGGGGAGCGUUUGAUGGGUUUUCCCCAUCAGCCCAGCCUGUGAGUGGCUUUAGUUUGCCAUAGAUAUUUCAAGUUAGACUUAGAAAGUUAGAGGAAAUGGAAAGUUGACAUUACCAGCUCUGGUUGUCCCUAAAGGAGUUGGCUGUGAUGCCGAGGGAUGUGUAGCAAGACACGUUGCACCUCUUUUCAUUGCAUUAAGCCUUACAGGACCUUGGUCAUGCUGCAGCUCUCACAAGGUUUUAGGUUUGGAGGGAGGCUGACGUAGCUAGUGCUGCUGGAGAGGCCAAACUGAUACCGGCAUGUCUAGGUAGGGCGAUGCGGGGAUGCUCACGUGAAGUUUCUCCAGCUGCAGGGCUCGAGCUCAGCAUUGCACAAUAGCUUUUGGUCGCAGUGGGCUCCACGACCGGAGAUGUUCCUCCUGCUUGUGCCCAGCAAGAGGGAAAUCACUGUGAGAGCAGACCAGCAAGGGGAGAGGUACUGUAUCAGCCGGCGUGUCUGCUUGGGUCGGAAGGAAGAGAAAAGUAGGAUUUGGCCAAUGUGAAGCUUAACGAGGGUAUGACUGCUGCCAGGCAGGGGAUGGGCUGGUGUGGAAACCACCUCUUCACGAGCGGUCACUGCUUUUCCAGUUGGAGCAGAGGGACAUGAACGUAUUUAGUGAGCAAAGGGAUGGUGUGUGGCUAGAAAGCUGCUUUUGCAUAGCGUGAGAAGUUGGCUGUCCUGGUGAGGUGACUCUAAACGUUCGUGGCGUUUGUUUGCUGGUGGGUGAUUUAGCGAUAUGGGUCGGACACUGGUUUGAUCCACAGUCGUGAGCAGGCACGGCUAGGCUAGGUCUGUGUAGAUGAGCACUUGGCAUGCUCUGAUAGGAAUUGGCUUCUCCAAGCCUGGUUGUAGCCCAAAUUAGUUUGCAGAUUGAAUGCACGGCCAGUCCGUGGCCUGCAGUGCUCAGCAAAACAUCAAAACCUAGUUUCUGCGUACGGUGUCAUGUCCUGUGCCGAUCAGCAUGUAUUAUUUAGAUAUUCUUCAGGGUGAUGGGCUCAGAAGUCUGCUGACACUGAUGUGAAGGGGCAGCGUUGCCUGGGGUUUAUGGUACCUUAUGCGGCUCAUGAAGCUGAAAAUCCCGCAGCAUCAGGUAACGCUUGGCACCAGGUUGUGAAAUGCCGGUAUCUUCUAUUCCAAGGUAUGUCUCCAAGGUAUGUCUCCUGUUUCCGAUGUGUGCAGCGAGUUCCCCCGAGCAUGGUUGCGGUGGGAUCCUGACAUCUCUUCCUUCCCCCGCCUCCUCUGACUGGCUUUGUACAGUACAAGGAGGGCAAAACUGUGUGGAAAGCAGCCCUACGGCCCAUCCAGACCCUCCUGGGGACAGGCGUUUGUCACAAAAAGCAUUGCGUGAAAGCUCCCGUGGUUCCUGCCCUCUGUAACCAGCCCCGGAGUUGCAUUUUGUACUACUGUAAUCUUUGUGUGCUCCUGUUCUCCAGACCUGAUGUGUUUCCUCCAUCUGCUUCUUUCUCUGUGCAUUGUUCUUUUGAUUAAUGUUUUAGCUACACAUGUAGAGUUGCCUUUCUUUGACCGAAUGUCUGAAUGUGAUAUAUUGUAUAUUUUAAAGUAU